AUGAAUUUCGAAGAAAAAAUGAAAUAUGUCAGUUUGAUUCUGCUGGUGUUUUUCACCAGCGCCCAAGUGUUGUGCAUGCGAUACGCGAGAACGCUCCCAGGAGACCACUAUGAUACAUCGACUGCAGUCAUUGUCGGAGAGUGCAUGAAGCUCGUUAUGUCCUACUUCCUUCUGGCUUUCGAAAAGGGUUCAUGCAAAGCUGCGACCUCUCAGUUAUUGUCCGAGGCGACUUGCCAUACGCAGAACGUGCUGCUACAGUCGGUUCCCGCCAUUCUCUACACCAUUCAGAACAACUUCAACUACAUUGCCAUCUCCAACUUGGAGGCUGCCGUGUUUCAGGUCAGUUCGCAGUUGAAACUGCUGACAGCUGCCAUUUUCACGGUCACUUUCCUGAAGAAGUACAUUUCUCCGUUCCAGUGGCUUGCUCUGGUGAUUCUGGGCGUCGGUGUCAUUUUGGUGCAGAUCGACCCCACUGCGAAGCUUUCCGGCUCCACGAACAUGGCGCUUGGAUUAUUCUCUGUGGUCGUGGCGUGCACGACGUCGGGCUUCGCUGGCGUGUUUAUGGAGAAAAUGUUCAAAGAUAACAAGUUCUCGCUGUGGUCCCGCAAUGUCUGGCUCGCCAUCUACAGCAUCCUCUCCGGAGUGUUAGGUCUGAUCUUCAAGAAUCCCGCGCUGCUCGUGCCCGCGAAUUUCUUUAAGGGAUACACGUUCUGGGCCUGGCUGGCGAUCUUCCUCCUCGCCGUCGGAGGAUUGAUCAUCGCCAUGGUGUUGAAGUAUGCAGAUAAUAUAUUGAAGGCGUUCGGAAACAGCGCGUCGAUUAUCGUGUCGAGCUGGAUCUCGUUGUAUCUGUUCGAUUUCAAGAUCACCAAGUACUUCUUGCUGGGAUGCACGCUGGUGGUCGUAGCGAUCGUGUUGUAUUCGUAUGGAGCGAAAUCUGUCAGCUAUGUGAGAAUGCAGCCCACGAAGGUGUGA